AUGACCAACAAAGCAGUGAUAGCCACCACCGCUUCAGAAGAAUCGCCAGAUGUUUACGAAGAUAAUCAUGUUCAUUCCGUUUACGAUACUAUUGCACAUCACUUCUCUUCUACGCGAUAUAAACCCUGGCCAGUCGUAGCAGGAUUUCUUGCAAGCAUUCCUCCAGGAUGGAUUGGCCUUGAUGCGGGAUGUGGUAACGGAAAAUAUUUAAUUUCGCCAAAUGAUAGAGAAGGGAUGUAUUGGACUGUCGGGUUAGACAGAAGUGCUCCACUAUUAGACUUUGCGAAGCAUGCUGGUGGUCGAGAAAGAGAAUGUGUUCUCGGUGAUGUGUUGCAUACGCCUUGGAGAUCCGGAGUUUUCGAUUUUGGUAUUUCAAUCGCGACUAUUCAUCAUCUUUCAACACCAGAACGACGGAAAAGAUCAAUUCAAAGCCUAUUGAAGUGCCUCUCACCAGCUCAUGGCAGAGGGCUAAUUUAUGUCUGGGCUAUUCAACAAGAUGAACUGUCCAAGCGAUCUAUACCUGACGUCGCGGAAGACUCGAACACCCAGGACAAGGGACAAGAUGUCUUUAUUCCCUGGGUUCUAUCACAGAAUUCUGCAUCUGGAAGGUCGGAUAGGGCACGACCAGAUCAAAGCCAGCAUUCACGUCUUGACGACGCGGAACAGGGAUCUGAACGAAGUGCUGCUGUCUUCAAUCGCUAUUAUCAUAUGUUCGAUAGAGGAGAGCUACGUGAGCUCGUAUUGACAGCAGCAGGCGAAAUGGGAAUUCGUCUGGAGUCGCGUGGGACCGAUUCACCCACAUCGUCUUAUAUCAAUGUUCCAUCAAGGCAAAGCGUCAUAGAAAUUCUAAAAGAUGAUUGGGAGAGGUCGAAUUAUUAUGUCGAGUUCCGGUUGUAUCAAAGAUAA